UUUCAUGCAGAAUUAAAAUGAUGAGCUCUUUGGUUAGUCAGGAGUCUGAUGCAGAAUUAGGAAGCCAUCAACCUUCUUCUAACAGCCAUACUCCGGUUUUAGUUUCCUCGGCGACAUACCGUUCCUUCUCUCCAUCACGCCGGCUGUUCUGUCUUCUUGCGGCCUUCGAUUUUCUAGCAACUUUAUUUAUUUGGAUUUUGUACGCUCAUGCUUAUAAUGAUUUCAAAAGUACACUUAGAAAGGACGUCGUUCAAUACAGCUUUAAAAAAUCAUUGUUUGAUAUUGUGCUGCUGGCAUUUUUGCGGAUGACAAUUCUUCUUCUUGCGUAUGCUCUUUUUGUCAGUCGCAAAUGGUAUGCUGUAGCGGCCACAACUGCCAUUACCACUGCCUUUCUUCUUAUUAAAGUUGUAUUAAUGUCAUUUCAAGUAAGUAAAUAUCUAUUUUCUGUAUGCACCACAAACAGCAAGCUUCAUGUACAGUUAAGUGGUUUUGAGUGUAUCUCCUGAGAUGAUAUAAUUUGCUCUAUAUACAGCUUUAGGUUUAGUCCAAACAUAUCACGCUACAAUACAUACUGAGCCUUUUUGAAAA